AGGUGGAGCCCCUAACAUCUUCAUCCAAGCACUCAUGAGCCAGGUAAGACCACCUGGUGCGAGCACUUUUUGAGGAGUGCCGUGCGCUUGCGUUACGGCGAGCUGCAUCAAAAGAUGCAUGUUGGUUCUGGGAAAGGUCUCCCAAUCCCACCGGACGUCGUCGCCCGUUACGCGAAAGGUGAUAAAUCGAUGGGGAUCACUGGCCUCGAUCCAGAGAUGGUGCGAAAACACCCAAAUGGCAGCGAGACGCUUGUCAAGCUGAGCGGCCAUUACCUCCACCAGCACAUGCUGUAUUUCGGGGAGGCGGACUCGAUGCGAGAGCUGACCAAUCUUGCCGCCGGCAACGAGCACUCUGCGCACAAGGUCACGGCAUGCCACGGGAUGACUGGUGCUGGUGCGCAUGCAUUCCACAAGCACGCUGCGGCAGGGGCGAAGCCGAACCACAAUCUGGUCUCCUUUGGUAGCGCUGCUGGGGCCGAGUACCGGCACAACCCGCAGCGCUUCGAGGCUCCGUACCGCCUCGUGGUGCGCAGGCCCGGAAACGUGGGCGCCUACGCUGACGCUGCACGUUUUCAAUGCGAAUCUCGCUGAUAACACCACCACGGAUGAUUCUCCAGCAGUUGCACAGUUGCUCGAGUGCCCGUGCACUCCGCAGCGCAAGAUUGAUCCAGUUGCAGGCACGAUCGAUGGGAAAGUGGCAGAUUCACCCAUCCAUUGCAGCAAAGAGUUCAAUGCAACCGGCAACCCUUCAUACCAUCUCUCCACUUACACGGGUGGUUUGCGUUGUUGUGAACACGGCAUGUUUGUCGUUGACACGGACAAGGAAUGCGCGUCACCGAAUUGCGCAGAUGAAUUUGUUGACGAGGUCUACAUGAAGUUCACUCUAUAAUGAAGAUACCAACGCUUCCACCAAGAAGCUGGAGAGUGCAGCAUGCUGCGGCGUCAAAAGCUCAGGGAUAGAUGACACGAAUCUUGGGCACGACGUUGUGCCGUGUGCUGGGGCCACUCCUCCAGAUUAGUGUAUUAUCAUUGCGGAGAGUGUCCAGCCUCUUGCGUUUUCUGACCGACGGCCAACGGCCAGGCCCUGGGGAUCUGACCUCGUGGAUUUGGUCUUUGCGGCGCCACACCUUCAUUGGGCUGGCAAUGUUAUCGACGAGACCCACGAGACGCCCUGUGAGGUCCACGGCACGCCCGACAGCAGUGGUGGGUUCAUGUAUGGCACUGGCGAGGAGCCCGGCAACUUGAAGGGCUACAGUCAGGGCCCUGAAGAAGGAACCCUUUUCGUUGGGGAGGGGCUCCGCGUUCCUUAAGUGUUUCGCAGCUUGCC